CUCAACAUGGACGAGGAAACGCAUGUGGAUGUAAUCCCGGACGAAAAACCGAAAAGAAAAGUGAAACAGACGGUUUUGGACAACUUUUCGAAGAUCACCAACCCCAACGAGAAAGUCCGCGUGAAAAGUGCGUCGAAUCUUCUCAACCACUUGUCGGAAAUCAAAGAAAACGAAAAAGACGAUUCCGAGCUUAAAUACGCUCUGGGGAGGAUUAUAAGGGGGCUGGGGUCUUCCACAAAUCAGGCCCGUACUGGGUUUUACUCGGCUUUAGUUGGGUUACUGGGUAUUAGGGAGGAUGUAAGUGUUAGCGAUUUGUUUGAACAUGUCGAAAAGCAUUUACAUAGAGUUGGAAGCAAUACCAAAGGGGAAAAUGCUGAUGUUAGCUCAGGUCAAAUAUUGGUAUGUGGAGCUAUUAUACGAUCCGAGCUGUUUUACAGAAGCAAUGCAGAGGAACAGAAAAAAAUUAUCGAGUUACUUAUAUCGGCUGGAAAAGAGAGAACUUACCUGACAUUGGUUUCCUAUAUUUUCAUUCUCAACGUAUUGGAAAAAGUAACAGAUAAGGAGGCGGAAAAAAUAGUGUUGCCGCUGAUAAAAACGGAAAUUUUGAAGCCCAUAAACGAGUACACACUGGAUAGUUUGUAUUUUUUAAUGGCAGUACAACAGUCGAAGCCGAAUCUGGUGAAACAUAAACUUUUGAAAAACGCGUUCGGGUCGGACAAGGUCAUUUGUCAGCCCAAUUUAAGCCAGCUAAGCAACAUUUUGACUGCUAUACCGAGGAUUACCUCGUUACCUCACCCAAUCUUCGAGUUAUUCGCGCAAAACCUAACAUCCUCAGAGCAUUUAGUGGAAUUUUUUACGGAGUUGGACAAACAUUUGCACCGACCCAACCGUAACAAACAUUUAGCGAUCACCACGCUUUUUUCGCACGUGUUGAGUACAGUGGCAGAUUACGAAGCAAUAUCGGAUUUACUCGGCGAGAAUUUCGUCAAACAAACCAUAUGCUACUUCAAAACUUUCACCAAGUACCAGAAAGACGGCGAAUUUCAAAAGCAGAUGCACGAUUUUUUCGAGAAACUCGUCGCGACCUUGAAAGGCGAAUCGGUGGGGUCGACGGCCAAAAUACGCGUACUAAAACGGUUGCUGUUCCACCCCGGAACGUUCAUAUUCGAGAAAAUAACGAAGAGCAAGAUAAUACAGCACAUAACGUCCACUUUGGAUGCUGAUGGGGUUAAGGAGCUUUCCGAUGUUUAUUGCGACGUUGUGACCGGCAAGCUAAGCGUGGAUAUCGGCCCCAACACCAACGAGCGUUGGCUGAACAACGACAGACUCUACGCGGCGCAUUUGUUGGUGAAACUGUUGCAUCUUCCCGUCGUUCAAAAGUGCAACGACUGGAAGGUGGAAAAGUUGAUGUUUCUGAUGACAAUGGGGAUUUUCAACAAAAGUAUAUCAAAUGUGGGGGUCGAGUUGGCAAACUCUUUGAAAGACACGUUCUACGGUUCGUUGGAUUUAAAGGGGAGCAAGUUGGAGGACAUACAGGACAUUCUAACUAAAUUGGUGAAGAAUCUCGAUGAAAAGUUGAGUGUGGAUACAUUGGAGACGGUACUAAGAAACCCCAUAUCUCCCGAAAACUACAGCACGUGGCAAAAAACCAUGCUGAUCGUCGAUAAAAUCGACAGAAAGAAGAAACGUAGCACCGGCAUAAAAUCGGUAUUCCUAACUCUAUUCUUGCAAAUGCAACUUCAAUUGCUCAACGACGCGAAGCUAGCCACCGAAACUCUGGAAGAAUUAUUCAACUGUUACGAUAGAGUAAAAAAAAGUCGCAAAAACUCUCUUAACGAAACGGAACAAAGCGAAACUUCAAACGAUCCUUUAUGGAUAGAAGUCGUGGUCGAUUUAUUUUUAAACCUGCUCUCGCACAACUCUCAUCUAUUAAGGAGUCUGAUAGGCAACGUUUUCCCGCACUUGUGCGGCCAUCUUAACGCCACCGCGAUCCACCAGAUUCUCAGCGUUUUGGAUCCCAAAAACCAAGACAACCCGCUGACGAACAAAAACGAGUCCGACAGCGAAUCUGACGGAGAUUCGGAAGAAGAAGACGACGAAUCGAAUGAAGACAGCGAAGAAGAAGAAUCGGACGUCGACGAAGACGAAAAACAGACCGACAAGUUGCGGUUGGCGCUGCACAAAGCGCUCGCCUCAAAUCAGCAAGAAGACGACCUCGAAUCGAUAGAUUUAGAUCAGCUGAGCGAUUCGGAGGGUCAAAAGUUGGACGAGGCGUUAGCCGAGGCGUUCAAGCAGUUCAAACCCAACAGGGGUAGGAGCAAGAAGCAAAACAAAGACGCUGAAACGCUUACGCACUUCAGGGUUCGAGUUUUGGACUUGAUAGAGAUUUAUCUGGAUUCCACUCCCAACAUGCUGCUAACGUUGGAGAUUAUGUUACCCCUGCUGCAAUCAGUGGAGUUUAGCGUAAGAGACGAGCACCAGAAACCCUUGCAAACCAGGUUGAAGAGUAUAUUAAAAAAAUUAACCGCCUGUAAAAAGUUCGAAGGUCUCGACGAGGUAACCGAUAUAACUCUGUGCGACUUGCUGAAAAGCUUGCUGGAGAAAGGCACGAAAAACGCCAUAAUAAUGCAGGAAAUGGGCGAGCAAAUAUCAGAUUGCUGCAUUUUCAUAAUAAAAUGCUCCCAAAUCAUAACAUCAAUAGAAGAAACACCCAAAAAAAUCAAGAAACAUCUAAAAAACAACAUCGCCAACACAAUAUCAGAAGAACUAACAAACUAUUUCACAAAAAACAACUGCCUGACGCCGUAUGUGCUAUUCAAAAGCACCCUUAACCUCCCAUGGGAAGGCAACUUAAAUAUAACAACCACCCUGCUAGACUUUAUUUACGACAGCAGCAUAAAACAGUUCAAAAAAAGUCAGGCAUUAGAGCUACUGAAAAUUUUUUUCACCAACCAACGUUACCUCAGCCAAAACCCGGAAAAACUUAGAGGAAAAAUCGCAGAAAAAGUUUCCACGUUCGUGCAUACAACAACAGAUUUCUUCAAAGACUUGUCCGCGAAUAUCACCGAAAAUAAGGUUAAAGAGAAGUUUCUUUGCAACCUAUUCGGUGUCUUGGCGAGCAUAAAGUGCUGCCCCUUAAAAUUCGAAGGCAUUCAUUGGCCAACGUUAGCGGAAAACGUACGCGAAUACAGAACCCAUGUAAGUUUCUCCAAGGAUGCCAAAACAGCCUUCAACAAGCUGUGCAACAGUUUAGGGGUGUCUCACAUCGUCAAAAUGAAGCAAAACGUCACCAAAAUAUCCACAACAACCGAAGAAAAAGACGAACAACAAGUUAACGGCGACGCCAAAGUGGAGAAGAAGAAGAAAAAUAAAAAAGUCAACAACGAAAAAUUGAAAUUAAAGAAAGAAGCGAAAUCGCUGAGAUUGCAGAGUCUCUCGGAAGGUUUUUCGAGUAAAGUCGACUUUAGCGAAGAUAAAAUAGCUGAAGAUAUUGAUGUUGAAAUGGAAGACAGCGAAGAAAAAAAAAACAAAAAGAAACGCAAAAAGAAAACAAGCACAAGUGAACCAGAGGAGGAAAUGCAGGAAGAAACAAAUACUAAAAAGAAUAAGAAAAGAAAAAAGAAGAAUAGUACAAGUGAAGAAACUGUAGAUGAAACACCUAAAAAUGCAGAAAACGGCGUUAAAAAGAAAAAUAAAAAGAAGAAAUCUGUGUAAUAAUUUCUUAUUUGUUAAUAUUAAACAUUUUUUUAUUUAA